UCUUCCCUUUCAUUCAUUUGUCGGUGUGCGAAAGUUAAAGUAAAUUUUUGGAAAUUCUAUUAGACUUGUUUUUGUUGAAUUUAUGACUUCAAUUUACCUAAUAUGAAGAUUAAUAACUGUUGAAAUCAACUUCUUAUAAUAGCAUGUGUUACUAGCAAUAAAAUAUUGUCUUCAAGAGAAAAGGCGAAUUAGUAUUGUAAAGUGAAAAAAUCAAUCAUCAAAAGAGAAAAAUUUUGUCGACAUCAUCAAAUGUGUGGAUGCCUCCGAAAAAUUGCGGAGCACAAUUUUAAAGCUGAGUCGAAGUAAAAUAUACAUUAAAAGGAUAUUAAACAAAUAAUAGAUGAAAUAAUCUUAUAAAAAUACCAAUCGAAUUUGUGUGUUGGCACGGUGAAAUGGCUUUAAAGAAAGUUAAAGGAAAUUUCGAACGUAUGUUUGACAAGAAUCUCACAGAUCUUGUGCGUGGCAUACGGAAUAAUAAGGAUAACGAGGCCAAAUACAUAGCCCAAUGCAUUGAGGAAAUCAAACAAGAACUACGUCAGGAUAACAUCAACGUUAAGUGUAAUGCUGUUGCAAAAUUAACAUACAUACAAAUGCUCGGCUACGACAUCUCAUGGGCUGGAUUCAACAUAAUCGAGGUAAUGAGUUCGUCACGCUUUACAUGCAAACGCAUUGGCUACUUGGCAGCAAGCCAAUGCUUUCAUCCUGAUAGUGAGUUGCUAAUGUUAACAACAAACAUGAUACGCAAGGAUUUAAAUUCUCAAAAUCAAUACGAUGCUGGUGUGGCAUUAAGCGGUCUAAGCUGUUUUAUUUCGCCCGAUUUAUCUCGGGACCUUGCGAAUGAUAUUAUGACUCUGAUGAGCUCGACUAAACCAUAUUUGCGUAUGAAAGCUGUUCUUAUGAUGUAUAAAGUAUUUUUACGCUAUCCAGAAGCAUUAAGGCCGGCAUUUCCAAAGCUCAAGGAAAAGUUAGAAGACCCAGAUCCAGGUGUACAAUCAGCUGCUGUUAAUGUGAUCUGCGAGUUGGCCCGUAAAAAUCCCAAGAACUAUCUGCCUUUAGCACCCGUAUUCUUUAAACUAAUGACGACUUCCACCAACAAUUGGAUGCUAAUUAAAAUAAUUAAACUUUUUGGCGCUUUAACUCCUUUAGAACCCCGGCUAGGAAAGAAAUUAAUAGAACCUCUCACAAAUCUUAUUCAUAGUACGUCCGCCAUGAGCUUGCUCUACGAGUGCAUAAACACUGUGAUCGCCGUGCUCAUCAGUAUUAGCAGCGGGAUGCCGAAUCAUAGUGCCUCAAUACAACUUUGUGUGCAGAAAUUGCGCAUUCUCAUAGAGGAUUCCGAUCAGAAUUUGAAAUACCUGGGGCUGUUGGCCAUGUCUAAGAUUCUGAAGACCCACCCAAAAAGCGUACAGGAGCAUAAAGAUUUGAUUUUGGCGUGCCUAGAUGAUAAGGACGAGUCGAUACGACUUCGAGCACUCGAUUUACUCUACGGAAUGGUGUCAAAAAAGAAUCUCAUGGAAAUUGUCAAGCGUCUGCUCGGUCACAUGGAACGUGCCGAAGGAUCGCUUUAUCGCGAUGAAUUGCUGUACAAAGUCAUUGAGAUUUGCUCACAGAGCUCUUAUUUGUACGUUACGAAUUUCGAAUGGUAUUUAACUGUGUUGGUGGAAUUGAUUCAACUCGAGGCUGGUUCCAAACACGGUCGUUUAAUUGCCGAGCAACUCCUGGAUGUUGCCAUUCGCGUACCGGUGGUGCGGCAGUUUGCAGUGAAUGAAAUGACCAACUUGUUGGACACAUUUUCCGUAUCAUCGCAGAGCAAUUCAAUGUAUGAAGUGCUGUAUGCUGCAGCUUGGAUCGUGGGCGAAUUCUCAAAUGAUUUAGAAGAUGCCGAAAGGACACUGAAUAUCUUGUUACGUCCACGCCAAUUACCCGGCCAUAUACAAGGUGUGUUUGUGCAAAAUGUUACUAAAUUAUUUACAAAACUAGCAACUACAUGCCUGGAAAAUAAGGACGUUAAGGGCUUGACUCGACUUUGUGAUCAUGCCCUGGAGAAACUGCAAAGUUUUAGUAGUUCCAAUGAUAUUGAGGUGCAAGAACGCGCGAACUCCUCUUGUAUUCUAAUUGAAAUGCUCCGUUCCCAAUUCAGUAAGUCGACCGAAUUGAACAGCAGUCAACAUAAAAGCACCGCAAUGGUAACACUUUCUACCGAUGACAAUGAAAAUGACAAUUUGCCUGCGCUUGAGACCUCCGAUAUACACGGCACUAUACCGACUCUUGCAAUUGAAAUUGUUCAGGAGAUGGCAUUGCUGUUUGAUGGCGAACUUAUACCAGUGGCUCCCAAAGCACAACGGAAAGUUCCACUUCCUGACGGUCUCGAUUUAGACGAGUGGAUAAAUGCGCCGCCUGAAGAUGAAAGUAGCAAUUCGUCCCAAGAGGACAAGGAUGAACUAUUUGUAUCGGCCGUGCAUAAUGAGAGUGGAACGGUGGGCAAGCGACGCAAAAGUGAAGAGCUGACUCCCGAGCAGAUCGAACGAAAUCGCAUGGCUCGCCUUAUUGAACAAUCUCACAACCCACACUAUAUUAAAUCUUCACCCUCAGCCACGGAUUUUAAUAAACAGAAAGGUCCAAGUGCAAGUAACUCAAGUUACAAUGUGGAUCAAUAUGACAAUAUUGAUGACAUACCGAUUUCGGAAUUGUCCUUGGAUGUUCCGCUUCAGAUAGGUGUUAUGAAACGCUCUGACCGCUAUCUAAUACAAGAGAAGACAAUGAACAAGGAGAAGAAAAAGCACAAAAAGUCAAAGAAAAGCAAAAGAUCAAAAAAUAAAGUGGCAUACAGCAGUUCUGAAUCGGAAGAUGAUUCGAAACCACUUCAUAUAGUAAACACAAUUAUGGAUAUGCCUGAAGGUGUAGCUCUAUCGGACAGUGAAGAUAAGGAUUCUAAGUUCGAUCCGAAUGAUCCCCACCGCGCUCUAAACAUUGAGUUGGACAUUCCUGACCUGGAGGAGCCCAAAAGUCGAUUCCAAAAAGUGAAACCUGCGCCUCAAAAUCAAAAUAAUAACUCCCAAACAUUAAUAAAUGAAAUUUGUACAGCUAACACCAAGAAGCGAGACAAGAAGAAGUCCAAAAGCAAAGACGUGGAUGUAGAAGAAACCAAACGUCGAAACAAAGACGAAGAUAGUGUUCCCAAAUCGCAUUCCAAACCCAAAUCAAAGAAAAAAUUGAGAAAUGAAAAUACGGGCAACACUGAUUUGUUGGACAUUUCUCCAGAGGACAUCAAAAUAGCGGUGGGCAACAGCAACACCAUUGUGGAAAAACGCAAGAAGGAGAAAUCCCAUAAAUCAAAAGAUGUAGGGAAGGAAGCUGUGAGCGCAAAGAAAGAGAAAAAGUCUAAACAUCAUCGUAGUCACAGUAAAGAGAAAAGACAUGAUAUUCUCGAAUCGUCGACUGGAGGUUACGAAGAAGCCAUAGGCAUUUCAACACCCAGCAAGGAGAUCAUUUAAUUUGCGAAUCUAUAUACUUAUAACAUUAUAUAACCGUCCUCCGCUAUAUUUUCGAUCCAGCUGCAAUAGCCAAUAAUUAUACAAAAGCAUCGGAUAACAUUAAGCAAGGUCAAUUACAUUUUGCAUUCGAUUGAAACUGAUGCGCAUGUGAACAUGUACAUAUACCAAGUGUGGGGAAAAUAUUCACAAUGCAAAAUGUAAAUGUAAUAAAUAUCACUUCUUCUAUAUGUAUGUACGUACUAUGUGUGGCACAUAUCACACAGGUGGUUGAUAGAUAAUUUGCAUUGUAACUUUCCCAAACUUUCAGAUAAGUGAAAAAUGUGUUCAAGCGUUCAAAAUAUUACAAGAAAGUUAUGACAAAAAUCCCUUAAGCUUACACUUAUAGCUGUACAUAUAUUAAAAAUUGUUGAAAUUGUUUCGAAAAAGCAGAUAGCAGCCUUUUCUCACGUAAACAUAUAUAAAAGCACAUCCACUAUUAUACAUACAGCUUUUCAAGCUUUAAAGACUUUGAAAAUAUAAAACUAUGAAAAUAUUUUAUAUCAACUUAUAUAAAUUAUAAGCUUAUGAACGCUGUAGAGUAGCGAGUUAUGAAUUCUAUAGAGCAUAUUCAUUUAACAAUGCAUCUACAAUCCUAUAUCCUAAUAGACUAACGGUGAAAGCGUACUUACAGUACUCGUUCCCUAGUUAAGACAUGAACUAUGAUAAAAUAUGAUUAUAUUAUACAAUACAUAGUAAGUUUGUAAAGUGAAUACAUAACGAACAAAUAAAUACAAAAUAUAUAAUAAUCAAUAUUAA